GAAAAAAUGCCGAUUUUGAUUUGUAUGCCGUUAUAACCUCAACAAACCUCGCAUAUUGGAAAGUUACUGCGGUAUUUAGCCAUUUUAAACUUUCACUUACUACAACGUCAUCGUAACUGCUUUCCAUGACGCUACAACUGCUACGCGGCAUACGUAAUUCAUUUGCAAUUCGUUUUGAAAAUCGUACACAUUUCAGUCGCCAUUGCAGGUUCUUACGUAGCCAAUACCGUUAUUCGGAGUGGGGGUCUCGAGGAGCGAGAGGGGCACGUAUCAGCGGCACGAUUGCAACGCGAGUUCACUCUGUCACUCGGUCAUUACGGUAUUUCUCUGUUGUGCGUCCCACAUUUACGAUCGUGAAAGAAAAAGUGACAAUGCCCGAAAACAAACCAUUUCAGCGACUUCCUAAAAAUGUUAUACCUAAACAUUACGAUUUAGAAUUAACACCGAACCUGGAGAAAUUAACGUUCACAGGAAAGACAGCAGUGAAAGUAUCGAUCGUGAAUUCUACUAAAGAGAUAGUGCUGAAUAGUUUGGAUUUGGAGUUGAAGAGCGUCAAACUCCAAUAUAACGAUGGUGGAUCGGAUUCAACGCUCAGCCCGGUGGAAGUGCGUCUGAACGCUGCUGAUGAGACGGCGUGUAUAGUGUUCGACAAACCGCUUCCGGAGGGCGAGGCAAUGCUGUUUUGCGAAUUUAACGGCGAGAUCAACGACAAGAUGAAAGGAUUAUACCGCAGCAAGUACUUGACUCCGGCCGGCGAAGAGCGCUACGCCGCCGUCACUCAGUUCGAAGCAACAGAUGCCCGUCGAUGCUUCCCGUGCUGGGACGAGCCUGCCAUCAAGGCCACGUUUGACAUCUCACUCGACGUCCCAGCUGAUCGCGUUGCUCUUUCAAACAUGCCUGUCAGAGAGGAAAGGAUUGAGGGUGGUAAAAAGUUCCUUCGUUUUGAUACCACUCCUGUGAUGUCGACCUACCUUGUGGCCGUGGUGGUCGGCGAAUAUGAUUAUGUAGAGAAAAAAUCCAGAGAUGGCGUGCUUGUACGUGUUUACACUCCUGUUGGCAAAAGUAAACAAGGCAUGUUUGCCCUAGAAGUUGCAGCAAGGGUGCUGCCGUACUAUAAAGAGUACUUUGAUAUUGCUUAUCCACUGCCUAAGAUUGAUUUAAUAGCCAUAGCUGAUUUCUCUGCUGGAGCAAUGGAGAACUGGGGUCUUGUGACCUACAGGGAGACCUGCCUUCUGGUGGAUGAAGAGCACACCUCUGCUGUGAGGAGGCAGUGGAUAGCCCUCGUUGUAGGCCAUGAGUUGGCUCAUCAGUGGUUUGGCAACCUGGUCACCAUGGAGUGGUGGACACAUCUCUGGUUGAAUGAAGGAUAUGCUUCUUUUGUGGAGUUCCUCUGUGUUAACCAUCUGUUCCCUGAGUAUGACAUUUGGACACAAUUUGUCACUGAAACAUACAUUAGGGCAUUGGAAUUGGAUUGUUUGAAAAAUUCUCAUCCUAUAGAGGUGCCUGUGGGACACCCAUCAGAAAUUGAUGAAAUCUUUGAUGACAUAUCAUAUAACAAAGGAGCUUCUGUGAUUCGUAUGCUGCAUAGAUACAUUGGUGAUGAUGACUUCCGAAAGGGAAUGAAUAUCUAUCUGACAAGACAUCAGUACAAGAACACCUUCACAGAAGACUUGUGGGCUGCCUUGGAGGAAGCUUCAAAUAAGCCAGUUGGAGCUGUUAUGUCAACUUGGACUAAACAGAUGGGUUUUCCUAUGGUGCAGGUGAGCUCGGAACAAAGAGGACCAGACCGCGUCCUCACGCUGACUCAGCAAAAGUUCUGCGCCGACGGCAGUUUGGGCGACGAUACCCUUUGGAUGGUGCCAAUAACAAUAUCUACUCAGGAACAACCUUCAAAGGUGGCAUUGUCAACAGUUUUAGAGCAGAGAACUCAAGAAGUUGUCUUAGAAAAUGUUGCUGAAUCUUCAUGGGUCAAACUCAACCCUGGCACUGUGGGGUACUACCGCACGCGGUACCCGGCGUCGAUGCUGGCGCAGCUGGUGACGGCGGUGCGCGACGGCUCGCUGCCGCCGCUCGACCGCCUCGGGCUGCUCGACGACUGCUUCGCGCUCGUGCAGGCCGGACACACGCACACGGCCGAGUCCCUGAAACUCAUAGAGGCGUUCAGCGACGAGACGAACUUCACGGUGUGGUCGUCGAUAUCGAACUGUCUGUCCAAGCUGAGCGCUCUGUUCUCGCACACGGCGCUGGAUAAGCCGCUCAAGAACUACGGCCGCAAGCUGUUCGCCGGCGUCACGCGGCGCCUGCGCUGGGACGCCGAGGAGAAGGAGAGCCACCUCGACACGCUGCUCCGGAGCCUCGUGCUCAACAAGAUGAUCAGCUUUGAGGACCCGGACACUAUCAAAGAGGCUAAGAAUCGUUUCGAGAAGCACAUAUCGGGCGCGUGCACGCUGCCGGCCGACCUGCGCUCGGCGUGCUACCGCGCCGUGCUGGCCGACGCCGACGCCGCCACCUUCGAGCGCUUCCUGGCGCUCUACCGCGCCGCCGACCUGCACGAGGAGAAGGACCGCAUCAGCCGCGCGCUCGGCGCCGUGCGCGACCCCGCGCUGCUCACCCGCGUGCUCGACUUCGCGCUCUCCGUGAGUACCGCCGCGUGUGUACACACGCGCUCGAGCCUGGCCUCCGCUCGCCGCCUGCACGAGGAGAAGGACCGCAUCAGCCGCGCGCUCGGCGCCGUGCGCGACCCCGCGCUGCUCACCCGCGUGCUCGACUUCGCGCUCUCCGUGAGUACCGCCGCGUGUGUACACACGCGCUCGAGCCUGGCCUCCGCUCGCCGCCUGCACGAGGAGAAGGACCGCAUCAGCCGCGCGCUCGGCGCCGUGCGCGACCCCGCGCUGCUCACCCGCGUGCUCGACUUCGCGCUCUCCGUGAGUACCGCCGCGUGUGUACACACGCGCUCGAGCCUGGCCUCCGCUCGCCGCCUGCACGAGGAGAAGGACCGCAUCAGCCGCGCGCUCGGCGCCGUGCGCGACCCCGCGCUGCUCACCCGCGUGCUCGACUUCGCGCUCUCCGUGAGUACCGCCGCGUGUGUACACACGCGCUCGAGCCUGGCCUCCGCUCGCCGCCUGCACGAGGAGAAGGACCGCAUCAGCCGCGCGCUCGGCGCCGUGCGCGACCCCGCGCUGCUCACCCGCGUGCUCGACUUCGCGCUCUCCGUGAGUACCGCCGCGUGUGUACACACGCGCUCGAGCCUGGCCUCCGCUCGCCGCCUGCACGAGGAGAAGGACCGCAUCAGCCGCGCGCUCGGCGCCGUGCGCGACCCCGCGCUGCUCACCCGCGUGCUCGACUUCGCGCUCUCCGUGAGUACCGCCGCGUGUGUACACACGCGCUCGAGCCUGGCCUCCGCUCGCCGCCUGCACGAGGAGAAGGACCGCAUCAGCCGCGCGCUCGGCGCCGUGCGCGACCCCGCGCUGCUCACCCGCGUGCUCGACUUCGCGCUCUCCGAUGAAGUGCGUUCCCAAGACACGGUGUUCGUGGUGGUGUCGGUGGCGGUGAGCAGGAACGGGCGCGACCUCGCCUGGCAGUUCUUCAAGGACCACUGGCAGGAGUUCAUGGACCGGUACCAGGGCGGUUUCCUACUGGCGCGGCUAGUGAAGUCGACGACAGAGAACUUCGCGUCGGAGGCGGCGGCGCAGGAGAUCGAGGCGUUCUUCCGCGCGCACCACUCGCCCGGCACCGAGCGCUCCGUGCAGCAGGCGCUCGAGACCGUGCGCCUCAACGCCGCCUGGCUGCGCCGCGACCUCGCCUCCGCCACCGCCUACCUGCAGGCCUACCACUGACCAGGACCAAAUAAUAAAUGCAAGACUGAAACUACAACGAAAUCCCCAGUUAUGUUUCAAUCGAAGAAUAAGUACCUAGCGAGCAAGCUUUAUUUAUUUCCAGUGACAUUCUUUAUUGUAAAUUUGUACGGGAGUUGAUAUUGUAUUAUAUUUACUUGUAGUAUUCUAUUUAUGUAACAAUAAAACACUCCUAAGUUAAUGCAUUUCGUUACACUUCUAAUAAUAUAGGUUGUUAGGACUAGAAAUAAUUACUGCAGAUAUUUUAGAGCGCUAACACAGCUGUUCGACUGAUUCGAAUGCGUUCGGCAUUCAACGUGCAUGCUGCUAGCAAAAGUCGCACUGAUUGCACGUUCAUAGUAGCGCCAAUCGCAUAAAGCACCAGAACGGCUAUUGAAAUGACCAACCGCGUUGCGUUGCUUAGACAUUGGUGUCAUAAAUAAAUAUGGUCAUGCCGAUUGUUGUUUGUAAAGUAGUCCCAGCGUCAAAUGAGAAAGUCAUUGAUACAAGGUUUUUCUAUUCAAAGCCAUAGCAUGUCCUUUGUAUAAAUGUGUAAAAAUGUUAUUAUAUUUUGUUUAAAUAUGUUUACGAGUGAUUAAUAUUGGUGCUGAAUACAUUUUUGUUUUGUUUCAAACCCGUAAAUCUCUUUAGUUUAUUUGUUGAGUAAUAAUUCAUUGUAUGCCUUCAUAAGUAAUUCUAUAGUUAGAUAGACAUUCGACUAUGUAUCACUAUCGUGCAAUAGGUUUGCAUAUUAUAAGGAUGUUUUGGAUCUGACUUUAUUGGUUUCUAAGUCAGUCAAAAUUAUAAUGAUUGUGAUGUUAAGUGGUUAAUAAUUCGAAGUUACCAACAUAAUUAAUUGCCUCAUUUGUUGUCAUCACUGAUUUCUUUUGUAAGACUGUGUUAUUGCAAUAAAUCGUACAAAAUUA